GGGGGGCGUGGGAGAGUCGGAACGCCGCUUCCAUGGCCCGCUCGGCUCCGUGCGUAAGAUCCGGCCUGGGGGAAAGGGAUGAAUGUUAAUUUCAAAGAUGGCGGCGGAGGGAGGAGGGAAGGAGAUGAACGAAAUUAAAACACAGUUCACUACUCGGGAAGGCGUCUACAAACUCCUCACUCACUCCGAAUACAGUCGUCCGAACAGGGUGCCUUUCAAUUCGCAGGGCUCCAACCCCGUCAAGGUCUCUUUCGUGAACGUCAACGACCAGUCGGGCAACGGCGACAGGAUCUGUUUCAAUGUGGGCCGUGAGCUCUACUUCUACAUCUACAAAGGCGUUAGAAAGGCUGCUGAUCUGAGCAAGCCCAUAGACAAACGUAUCUACAAGGGGACGCAGCCCACCUGUCAUGAUUUCAACCACCUCACCGCUACAGCAGAAAGCGUGUCUCUGCUGGUGGGUUUCUCUGCAGGACAGGUGCAGCUCAUUGAUCCCAUCAAGAAGGAGACGAGCAAGCUUUUCAAUGAGGAGCGACUAAUAGACAAAUCCAGAGUAACAUGCUUGAAAUGGGUGCCAGGCUCUGAGAGCCUGUUCCUGGUUUCUCAUGCCAGCGGGAAUAUGUAUCUGUACAACGUGGAGCAUACUUGUGGCACAACGGCUCCACACUACCAGCUGCUUAAACAGGGAGAGAACUACUCUGUACACACCUGUAAGAGUAAAUCGACGCGGAACCCUCUUCUCAAAUGGACAGUGGGCGAGGGGGCACUAAAUGAGUUUGGCUUCUCUCCAGACGGGAAGUUCCUAGCAUGCGUAAGCCAGGACGGCUUCUUACGGGUGUUUAACUUUGACGCUGUUGAGCUUCAUGGCACCAUGAAGAGCUACUUUGGCGGUUUGUUGUGUGUGUGUUGGAGUCCUGAUGGAAAGUACAUAGUUGCAGGUGGAGAGGACGAUCUGGUGACCGUUUGGUCCUUCUUGGACUGCAGAGUCAUCGCCCGAGGUCAUGGGCAUAAGUCGUGGGUGAGUGUGGUGGCAUUCGACCAUUACACCACCAGCGUGGAGGAGAGUGACCCAAUGGAGUUCAGCGGCAGUGAUGAGGACUUCCAGGAUCAAAUGAUCCACUUUGGACGAGAUCGGGCCAACAGUACGCAGUCUCGUCUCUCAAAGCGCAACUCCACAGACAGCCGGCCUGUUAGUGUGACAUACCGGUUUGGCUCGGUGGGCCAGGACACACAGCUGUGCCUAUGGGACCUCACUGAGGACAUCCUUUUUCCCCAUCUUCCACUUUCACGGACACGUACUCACACUAACGUCAUGAGUGCUACAAGCCCCCCUGUGGGUGCUACAAUAAUCACUAACACCUCUAGUAACACUGCUAAUGGAAACAACAGUGGUGCCAAUACUCCUGGCAUUAACUCCCUGUCUACCACGUUGCCACGCUCCAACAGCCUGCCCCAUUCAGCCGCAACCACAGCAACAGCAAACAAUACCAACAAGGCCAACAGUGGUGGCGGAAACAGUAGCGGAAUUAUGGACAGCGCCAUUGCUACAGGUGUCAGUAAGUUUGCAACACUGUCGCUCCACGAUCGCAAGGAGCGCCACCACGAGAAGGACCACAAGCGCAAUCACAGCAUGGGGCAUAUCAGCAGUAAGAGCAGCGACAAGCUCAACCUCCUGACAAAAACCAAAACAGACCCUGCUAAGACUCUGGGCACGCUGCUGUGCCCGCGCAUGGAGGACGUGCCCCUCCUCGAGCCCCUCAUCUGUAAAAAGAUAGCACACGAGAGACUGACUGUACUCAUAUUUUUAGAGGACUGUUUAGUGACUGCUUGUCAGGAGGGAUUUAUUUGCACAUGGGCGAGGCCAGGCAAAGUGGGUUUAUUGUCAUCCCAAAACCAAGCCAGCUCUCCCAGUGGGACAGUAGUAUAGCCACAAAAUUUCUGCUGCUAAAGAACCCUGCAACCCAGAGUCUGAUGCUGCUCUUCACCCCGCAAGCAUUGCAAGUUUUUGUUUCAUUUCUACCCCGACCCGCUCCUGACUUUGUUUGUUAAUGGCUUUUCUGUUGUUAUUGUUUUUCACUCACUUGACCUAGAGGAGGAAUGAAGCAAGAAACGAUGUGGUGCAAUUGUGUGCUGUUGUUUUCUGGAGUUUUAACAUAUUUUAGACUUUUAAAAAAUCUUUAAUGUCUGUUUCCCCUCUGGAAAUAAGGCUUGGCUUUGUUUGAUGUAAAGCAGGCAGUUGCGGCUUGAGAUUAAAGGGAUAGUUUGUUAAAUUUUCAUUAACUGCAUAUCCCAAACACCUUCCAAUUUUUUCUGUCUUUGUGCAGCCCAGUUGUGGCUCAGGGUUUCAAUCAACUAUCCUUUUAUGACCAAGUGUGUGAGCAUCUGAAAAUGACGCGUCCAUGCGCAUUCACCACCACUUCUGUUUCUCUUUAGUAGACUCUCCCGUCAAUGACUUUGCACUGAUUUUCUUAGUUGUUUUUUAUAACUACCAUAGUGGAACAACAGAGGGUUGAGGACUGCCUUGUUGCACUUGGCUUUAACAUCCUCAGUCUUGAAAUCUGAAUCUAUAAAGCUGGACGCUGCAAUCAUAGUCUUUUUAAAGAAAAAAUGUUUGCACUUAAAUUAGUUUUAGAAGAAAUGGCUUUACAUUUUUGGGUGUGCUCAGAACUCACAGAUGGCUAAUACAGUAGGUGAAGAAAAUGAUAAAAACUAUUAAAACCUUUAUCUAUUGAGCAUUUAUUUUAAUAUUAUUUCAGAUUCAAAUCUGCUCUGUAUCAUAAUGUGUAUAUUGUAAUUAACUGAUUUGAUGGGGGUCUAAGCAAACGACCAUUACUCCAGUGGAAGUUUUGUCAUUGAUAGUUAUAUUUCUAAAGCCUAAAAUAUACAUAUUAAUAAUAUUAAAAUAAUCUUGAAUAUAC